AUGUCUCCUCAAAAUCACUUGUAUAAAGCCUGCUUGUUUGAUAUGGAUGGUCUUCUUGUCGAUAGUGAAACCGUCUACACCAAAACUACCAAUUUGAUACUAGAGCGUUAUAACAAGGACCCGCUACCUCUUCCCAUUAAGGCUCAAAUGAUGGGUCGUCCUGGUGAUAAAGCUGCCGAGGUUGUAAUUAACUGGUCCCAUAUCCCCAUGACUACACAAGAAUUUGUUGACGAACAACAAGUCAUUCGCGCAAAAUUUUGGUCUUCCAUGAGCUUGAUGCCAGGAGCUGAAGCUCUUCUCCAAUUUCUAAACACUAAAAACGUUGAUAUGGCAUUAGCUACCUCGUCCAACAUUGCAAACUAUCAAAUGAAAACCAAUCAUCUUCGCGACGCAUUUGAUUUGUUCGGCGACAAUGUUAUCACUGGUGAUGAUCCUCGCAUUCCUCCUGGCCGUGGAAAGCCCCAUCCUGACAUCUGGCUUCAAGCUCUAAAUUUAAUUAAUCAAACCCGCGGAAAGCAAAGUCUUCCUCCAUUGUCUCCGAAAGAUUGCAUUGCUUUUGAAGACAGCGUUCCUGGCGUUAAGAGUGCAAAGGCCGCUGGCAUGCAUGUCAUUUGGGUUCCCGAUGCAGCAAUUCUUAAUCUCUUUCACGAUCAAUUAAAAGAGCUUGUUGAUGAUCAGUGUGAACUUUUAAUGAAUUUAGAAGAGUUUCAACCCAAAAAAUACCUUUCAGGUGCUUAG